AGCAGAGCAAACCCCAUGAUUUGGUAAAACUUUGAACCUCACCCACGCAAACUGGCUGCGCUGAUCUAAGGAAGUGGAUAAACUGAAGAGACGUGGUGCUAACCCAUAUGGGUGCUAAGAGACAAAUUACAGCAAAUAAAUCAACAUUCGUCUCGUGCAGUGUUGCGGCGUUUUACGACAAGAUUUAUCAUUAUAAUCACAGCCGAAAUGUCCCUCCGAUACCUCGACAAAGUUGUCAUUGUGACUGGAGGAUCCAAAGGAAUUGGCAGAGGGAUUGUCAAAGUGUUUGUGGAGAAUGGAGCCAAAGUGGUAUUUUGUGCAAGAGGAGGUGCAGUAGGUGAGGCUCUGGAGGCAGAGCUGAACAAAGCAGGGCCAGGCUCAUGCAAAUUUGUCACAUGUGACAUCUCCAAAGAGGAUGACAUCAAGAGAUUGAUUGCAGUCACAGUGGAGCAUUAUGGACACAUUGACUGCCUGGUCAACAACGCAGGGUGGCACCCGCCUCAUAAAUCCACUGAUGACACCACAGCAGAGGAGUUCAGGGAUCUGCUGAAUCUGAACCUCGUCAGCUACUUCUUGGCGUCUAAAUAUGUGUUGCCGUACCUGCGACAGCGGCAGGGAAACAUCAUAAACGUCUCCAGUCUGGUGGCAACCAUCGGCCAGAAAGACGCUGCACCGUAUGUUGCCACCAAGGGGGCGAUUAUCUCCAUGACAAAAGCGAUGGCUGUGGAUGAGAGUCGCUACAACGUGAGAGUGAACUGCAUCUCUCCAGGUAAUGUGAUGACACCUCUGUGGGAAGAAUUAGCAGGACAGACACCAGAUGCUGCAGCCGCCAUUAAAGCGGGAGAAAAUUCUCAGCUGCUGGGUCGUAUGGGGACGGAGGCGGAGUGUGGACUGGCUGCUUUGUAUCUGGCUGCUGAUGCUACUUUCUGCACCGGGAUCGACCUGCUGUUCAGUGGUGGAGCUGAACUCAACUACGGCUUCAAGAGUCAGAUCCCUUCUUGACUGUCAGUGGUCGUGAAACAACUGAUUUAACAUUAAAUUGUUUAAUCCAGAUUAUACAUACACUACCGUUGAAAAGUUUCUAAUCUCCUGCCACAGAAGAUAGAUUGGGUCCAGUCAGAUGUCUGAGAGGAUUACUCUAUAUCUGUGAAUGGUCUUUGAUGCUUUUAGGAUGUAGAAAGUCAUCUUUACAAAUAGAUGUGUAUGAAGGGCUUUUUUUGUACGUGGAGAACAAAACUGUUUAAUGGUUGAACCAGACUGACAACUGAAAGGGCAGAAAGAGACAAAGAUCACUCUGAGCAACAGUUGAAUAAGAAUAGAAGAAAUCAGCAGUCAUUGGUAAAAGAAACUGUUAGCUUAGCAUCAAAAUGUGUGCAGAUUUAAAUAGGAACAGGUUAUGUGCAUAAUAAUGCAGCCUAUAACAAACUGGAUUUAACAGGCAACUGUUGCUUUAGUAAAGCUAUAACUUCACAAACUAGAAAAAGAAGGUUAAUCUAGGGUUAGCACUGCCACUGUUGGAAUUUGAUCAGGGAAUAUCAACUCAAUACUUAAGAGUCCAGUUGCACCAUUGUGGUUUAAUAUUGAUCUUCACUUAACACUUUGAUGGACUGGAAAAUAAAUUCAAAAUCCAAGUUUCAACAGUAUUCUCCCAUGUAAUGUAAAACUGUAGGGACAUUCACUAAAUAGAAGUUUUAAUAAUUUAAAUCUUCUUCUUUUGAGACCAAAACUAUUUCACAUGUAAAUAAUACAUUUGGUGUCUGAAUUAUACUGGUUUUAUUAUCUCUGUUAAAAUAGCCACUAAUUAAGGAAAAAA